UUUUGUGUUGACCGAUGUAGAAGGGGUGACUAAAUUCUUCCCCGCCCCCGCGACCACUCAGUAAAUGCGCGCUCACCCUAUGACUCAAACGCACACUCUCGAACGCUCCCUCUCGCACACUUUGAGACCCAAACCCUCUCAAGACUCUCAAAGCUAAAAUGCUCUCUACAGUCGAAAAGUACCAGCUCAGGCGCUUCCUCGGCCGCGGGAACUUCGCCAAGGUCUACCAGGCGCACUCGCUGCUCGACGGUGCCACGGUCGCGGUAAAAGCCAUCGAAAAGUCCAAGACGGUCGAUGCCACCAUGGAGCCCCGCAUCGUGCGCGAGAUUGACGCCAUGCGUCGCCUCCAGCACCACCCUAACAUCCUCAAAAUCCACGAAGUCCUUGCCACCAAGACCAAGAUCUACCUCAUCAUGGACUUCGCCGGCGGCGGCGAGCUCUUCUCCAAGCUUUCCCGUCGCGGCCGCCUCCCGGAGUCCCUCGAGCGCCGCUACUUCGCGCAGCUCGUCUCCGCGCUUCGCUUCUGCCACCGCCACAGUUAUAAGUUGGGGAUGAACGCUUUUGACAUAAUCUCCAUGUCCUCGGGGUUGGACUUGCGGGGGCUGUUCGAAACGACGUCGGAUAAGGGAGAAACGGUUCACUUCCGAUAAGAGUGUGGAGGCCGUCGACAAGAAGGUGAAGGAGGUUGGCUUGAAUUUGGGGUUUAGGGUUGAGGUUGAGAAGAACAGUGCGAUUGGGUUGGGAGAAACGGUUCACUUCUGAUAACGGAGAGAUUCGAUAAUUUUGGAAAACGAGGUUUUAAGUGUGGUCUUGGACACCCAAUUAGCCAGUAACUCAUUUUGAUUUGUUUUUGCGAUGAAGAUCUAUGGCAUCAGGAAUAUAGUUUUUGUGUGAAUGCUACUAAUUUAGGGAUUUUAAUAGUAGAUUUGUGUUGCACAGGUGUUGGUGUGUGCACUGAGGUGGAAAUAAGAAUACUGAAUUGUGAACAGCAUGCUUUCAAGCCUGCGUGUAAUGUCUUGAUCACGUUUAAUGAUGGGAAGAACCGUAAGCAGGUUCCAUUUAAAAAAGAAAAUGGUCAAAUGGUUACAAUCCCACUUUUCCAAAGUCAAGAAAACAUUGCUGGGAAGGUAUUUUAUUUUUUAAUGUUCAUAAUAUUGUACUGUUGAGUUUAAGUUAAUCACAUGAUGUUUUUUAAUGACUUCUGAUAUAUUGUCAAUCUUACUAGUUGAAUUUUAAAUAUCUACUGCCAUUUUAGAUUACAAUAGAACCAAUGCAAGGGAAAAAAAUUGAUCACAAUGGUGUUGAGCUCCUUGGGCAGAUAGGUUUGUACUUGACUAAUUUUUCUAACUCUUAAAUGUGUUGUGCCUCAAAAGUCAAAAUACUUAAUGGAGGUAAACAGAAGGAUGGAAAAAAAAUGAGUUAUUGUUUAGAACCUUUUAUUUAUCAGUAUACUAUGUGAUGAAGCUGAUCAUAUUGGCAAAAAUUCACUACAAUUUGUAGCAUUUUCGUGCACUUGCUAAAAGGAAUUUACGUUGUCAAUUAUUUCAUUAUCUAAUAUUUUUUGUCUUUUGAAUCACAUGUAUUACUUUUGUUAGAUAAAGUUUAGAACUUUUAGGCAUGUCACAUUUUAUAUUUGCAUUACUUGUAAAUAGAUGUGUGUAUAAUGGAACUUCAUACCUUUAAGGGGACUGGAAUUAUUUAAAAAAAUUAUCCAGCAUUGAGGAUGUAU